GCCCCCCCCACCCGGGCCCCAUCCCGCUUCCAAACUUCCAAACGCUCGCUGCGGAUCAGGCUGCCUGCCGUCGGCCAGCUGGAGGCAUGCUUCCCCGCGAGCUUUUGUGCGCCUUUCGGCUGUUCUGCGUCUGCCUUUUGGGGACCCGCGGCGCGGCCGCGCAAGAGGUAGGAGCUCAACCGGAGCUUUUCAUCUUCAAUGAGCUGUGCGCCCUGAAGGAGGAUCCGGGGCCUUGCAGGGCCUUGCGGGACAAGUACUUCUUCAACGUGGACACGGGUCGUUGUGAGCUGUUUGAAUACGGCGGCUGCGGAGGAAACGCCAACAACUUUGAAACGCUGGAGGCCUGCAGAGAAACGUGCCUGGUCUCAGAGGAUAAAAACCCGUGUCAUUUACCCGAAGCGGAAGGUCCCUGCCGCGGCCUGGUGACGCGCUACUUCUUCAACAGCAGCAGUCAGCAGUGCAAGCGCUUCUAUUACGGCGGCUGCUUUGGCAACGCCAACAAUUUCCGGAGCAUGGCAGAGUGCCAGGCCAAAUGUGGCCAGCAAGAAAGCGUCCAAGUCCAGACCGGUGCCGGAGAAAUCGUUGACGUGCCAUCAACCGCCUUGACCGGCCAGCAAACAGUCAACAUGGCUGUGACGCAAACAAGCAACGCCGAUCCGGACCAUUCCCAAGAUGCGAAGCUGUCAGAUGUGUGCUCGGCUCCCGUGGAGAGAGGAACGUGCGACGGCAGCCUGCGCAGGUUUGCCUACCAUCCCAAGGCCAAGCGGUGUCACGAGUUCCUGUACAGCGGCUGUGGAGGGAACAACAACAACUUCAAGCACCGGCGACAGUGUAUCAGGAAGUGCAUGAAAAGUCAAAAGGAUCGUGGCAUGAAGAUGAUUCGAAUACGGAAGAAAAAUAUCCCCAGCAUUCUUCAUGGUUCAGUCUGAAGACGUUGGCCACAUUUGCACUUGGGGAAAGUCGCCACUAUUUAUCUGCUUGUAUUAUGGUGUAGGCUUUUGACCCUGCAGGCUAUUUGGGCAAAUAAGUGUUCAGGUUUUGCUUCGUAGUCACCGCACGCAAUGUAACUAAGUC